GUUUGAGCGUAUGAAGGUCGGGCUUAAGUCAAGUGCGGUUUCUGUUUUUCGAUAAGGAUGAAGGCGGAGGACGAGACUAAUAACAAGUUGGAUAUGAGCUUAGCACCUAAGUUUCACCAAAUAGCUUGUAGAUUUUAUUCCCGAUCACCAAAAAUCUCGAACAAUUCGUCACUGAAGUUCGUUUCAAGAUGGGUACACCGAAUUAUCACCGUGAUGAAACAAAUAUUGAUGAACCUAUGGUUACUAACAUAGCGCUGCCACUGAAUGCCACUAAUCCUACGAAGGGAACGUUGAUCGACAUGGAGCUAAAGAACACUCAAUUCAGAGAAACUAGUUUUCUCAGACUAAACUACUUUCACUGGGAUCACUAUAAAUCUGAUAUUUUACAACUAGACUAGUAUUAAGAUGAUUCCAAAAAUGACUGAAAUCGCCAUAAGCCAUCUUGGCUUUAACUAUACGUAGAUUGGUCCUAUCACUCGUGCCACCACCAGCAUUUACAUAAAUACACAACUUUACCGAUGAUUUUUCAAGGCUCCUCACCAAGGGAGAGCAUAGUCACAGUUCCCUACCUAUCUUGUAAAAACGCUUAGGACUUAAAAGAUUCAGAGUACGUGCUAUACCUACGGAUGAUGAUUGCCAACUGAUUAAGCGCUACUUACAUAUCUUGUGUCAUCACGCAGUAAGGUGAAUCAUCGGAGUCUCUCUUCAGGCAACAGACCCACACCACUACCACCUACACCCAUCAGAGCUGUUUCCAGUAUGUUACUGAUGAUAAAGUUGAAGAGAAAUGGUGAGAUUGGUCAACUCUGUCUAAUCUCACUGAUAGAAUGGGAUAGUGGAGAGAGGUAGUUAUAUAUCAUCACUUCGUUUGAGUUGUUUUUUUAUAAGGCUUUCAAGAUACUAGUAGACCUCUCAGGCACAUCUUUCUUCAGUAGGCGAUCCCAUAGAACGGUCCUGUUUAACGAAUUGAAGGCGGCCCUGAUGUCAAGAAACGCUACGAUUGUUGGCCUGCAAUAAGUUUGACGGUGUUCUAAAAUUUGGCGGAGGGUGAAGAUACGAUUAACACAUCCUCGACCAGAACGCAAACCAGCCUUCUCGUGGGUCAAUCUUCUUCGGGUUUUGAACAAUCUACAAAGUGUGACGGAAGCCGAUUGUUUGAAUGCAGUCGGAAGUGGACUUAUCCCCCCGAUAAUUUGUAAAUAUAGGCACAACUAUCAACUUAUUCCACGAUGUUAAAGCAGUCUGAUUACCCGACAUUAGUAAAUAACUCAGUCUGUCCCCUAAUCAGUAAAUCAUCCACCAUCUUUAAAAAGGGCCGGAGGUAAGUCAUCUGGGUUUGGUGAUUUGUGACGCUUUAAGAGUUGGAGUUCUCUGUGCACUUUCGUUCCGUUAGGUAAAUCAAUCGUCACCGGACAGGUCAGUCAACUAGUCCCACUUUUACUUUGGCGUUUAAUGUCGCACCAGCCCAAACCAAAGCGGACGAAAAUGUUACAGGACUACCGGGUAACCACAUAUGAAACAGACUUCUCGAAUCGAUUAGUAGAGAGCAAACUGGUAUUACUUCAGUAAUUGUAAACACGAGCCUCGAGUGUACACCAUACAUUGAUAUCAAGACUUUCAGAAAACAUACUUAAACCUUUUUGUUGUCCGAUCUUCAUCUGUGGGCAAAUGUUGAAGGUGAUCAGUCUCAAUCGCACAUGUGGUUUCAAGGAAGCUUAUUCUGAUUCUGUAUUCGAUGGUGACAUUCAAACCGACCAAUCAGUGACUUGGAGAUCGUUCAGACAAGGUAGAACUCAUCAUAGAAGAGCAGCUGGUUUAGCUAAAAAAAAAGUAUACACAAAAUGGAGAUGAAAAAGAAAAAUGAAAUUAUCAAAUUGGAUAAAAAAGAAGCUCGUAAAAAUAGACGAGUUCAACAAACGCUAGCUAUUCGUGGUAGACGCCAGAAUGUUUCUCAGUAUCGACAAAAACCUCGAAUAUCUGCUGCUGCAACCCGAUUACGUGGUUUAAGACAGAAGCGACUUUCUCGAAUCAACCGUCCUAUUCAGGGGUCUUCUUCUCAACAUCAAGUUUUAACGAAAAACAAACGUGUGUUCACCGUAAAAAAUAUCCGCUCAAGUAGAUCGACGGCACAGGCAGUCCUUCGCCGAGCUCAGAGAACCGCCGCUGCCGCUGCUAGGACAGCUGCUGAUGCCACUGCACUUCUUCAGCGCAAUCGUAUUCAACGUCAGCAGUUGUUUAAUGAACGAAGAAACAUUCAACCAACCUCUCGCAUUGCCUAUGAAAGACGUCCCUCAAGACGAAGGAGCGCUCCUGCUUCAACAGUCGGUUCCCGAGGAGCUUACACUUCACCUCAAGUCACUGGUCGUUCGUGGCAAUCAGAGCAGCAAUCACUUAAUUUUCAAAGACGUCCACGUCGUAGAUCCCUUCAGGUAUUGGGAUCACCUCAAGGUAGAAGGACAUCAUUCCGUGGAGCCUUAUCCCGAAAUAAUUCCUUACACGGCAACACCUUUGUUCGUAACCAAAGGUGGAAUCAACGAACGAAUUUCCGAAGUAAUAGCCGAGGUCAACAGCGUAAUGGUUAUACGCUUACACCAACUGGUCGUCCAACCUCACGGGCUCGUAAUGCAGAAUAUCUUGCUCAAGCUCGUGCCCUUAUCCAAGCACAGAAUGAAAACGCUCAGCGGUAUGAUCUUGACAGUUCAAAUACAACAGUGUGGAACCCUAGAACCUACAGCGCACCACACAGAAAUCUGAAUUAUUAUGCCAAAUAUUGGGACAACUAAUAUAGUAAUGGAAAAUCUUUCACAAGUUCGUUUUCUUCAUUAAAAUGGCUUUUGAUUGCUUUUAACAGUACGUUAAAGUAUCCCACUUGUACUCACGUGUAAAUGUACAAUUUCUAUCAAAAGCUCACUGUCAUCAACAAUAAAACUAACAGGUGCGCGUGUUUUUUAUUACCCUUGAUAUUCACAAACCCAACUCAUUUCAGCUAUAUCUUUUGUAUGUAAAACCAAAAUUUUUAGAAUUACUUACUGGUUAAAUUUUGUACUUUAUGUAAAAUUUCAAUCACCAAGCAUUUCAUUUGGAUUAUUGCACUGUAGUGAUGUUAUUUCUGAACUGGUUGCUUUUUAAAUGUAUCAGUAAAUUUACACUGUUGUGCUGUAAGGAAGUUAUAAUUACAAUUCCAUAUCAAUCA